UUUAGUUUCUUAAAUUGUUUAUGUUAGAAGACUUUAAGUAAAUAUUAUAUAAAUCAAAGCAUAAGAUAAUGUAUUAGAACAUAAUUAUAACGCCAACAAUUUUGCAUCGAUUCGCCAUCCUUGUCGCACGAUCUCCUUGUGAUAUGUAAAGAGAAUCGGCGCGUGCGCAGCCUGGUUUGUUGUGUGCCGGCUCUGUAAUUAGAAACUACGUAAUAUAAAUUUAUCAAAACAUUAGCCUCUCAUUCUACGUGUAAAUAGCUGAAAUUACAAUGACAGCGUUAACUUCAGACAAACGUCUUGAGUUGAGUGCAGUCGAAUUACAGCAGGAGUAUUAUGAAACGAUCGGUGAUGCUGACUGGGAACUAUUCGAGAAGAAAGACAGAAGAUAUCUUCUCCAGAAAGUAGCAGUUGCUCUUUGCGGACCACCGACGAUUGAAGGCAACUUAAUGGAAUCUACGAAUGAUAAUGAUGAACUCAAAUUGCAAGGAUACGAAGCUCUAGACGAAGAUACAUGCAUGAAUGUAUUCAAUCGGAUCUUAGAACAAGCAAAAUAUUCACACAAUGGUGAAAAUAUUAUAAUAUCUGUCCUUCGCGUGGUCUGCGUUAUACCGAGACGAGAAAUAAAAUUUUUCGAAAUGACACCCAAAGAUUAUUGGCUCAAUCUUCACGUGAAGAAAGGCGAUUCUGUUCACAUCUUAGUAUUUCACGUGUUCAGUAUAAGGAAAUGCAUUUCUAUGAAUCACAAAGUAAAAGGAUGCAAAGUAUUUAUUGACCACGAUGGCAGAGAGUAUCAAUCCUGGGACGAUUAUCUGACUAACAACAAACUUCCGAAAUGUGUGAUGGUUGUUCCUCGGAACGGAGAAUAUUCUGGAACCAUAGUUGGAGGGGAAGGUGAAAUGCCGAAAGUAAACCUUACAAUAAGAGGUUCACCGGAAUUGGGUACUCAAGCACAAGUGAUUAGUGUUGCAGACAAUAUAAGUGCAGCGGCUAAUGUUGGGGCGUUGGUCGCUGUGGUGGGAUCCUUGUUCGCGGCUCCCGCCGUAGCCCCAGUGAUGGUUGGAACAGCUGUAGGAGUUGCCACCGUGUCAGGAGUUUACGGUAUCGGAAGGUCGAUUGGAACCUUAGUCGACAGAGCUCAGCAUAAGCAGAGCAUCGGCUUAGACAAUAUGGAAGCUCGCUCUAACUGGAUAAAUAUUAUGAUAUCUACUGUGGGUUUGUCCUUUACUGCAGCUGGAAAAUUAUUGACUUGGGCUGCGGCCACCGGGAGAAAUGUCAAGAUACUUAUGAGUGCCUUAGACUUUCUAAGGUUUACUAACAUUGCGACUGGAUUCAUUGGUGUAGCCAACGGCCUGGGAGAUAUGAUAUAUAAGUUCACGAGAUAUGGUAAGACACCGUCGACACUCGAAGUGUUCCAAGUCACUACAUCCUUCCUUUUCCUUGGCAUUGGUGUGAUGUCAAACCAAACUGCACAAGAAAUCGUUCAGGACGCACAAGCUAACAAAAUAAAUGAAAUUCGAGAUUCGUUGUCAAGCAACAACAAAAGGAGAAUAUUUGAUAAAAUCACAGCCGAGACCCGGCGACUAAAAGGCACUAUAGAUGGCAACACUGAUGUCAUUAAAGCUCUUAAGACAAUAAAUAAUAAGGACGAGUUCUUUGGAAAACUGAAGUACAUGAAUAAGGCUUUCAAUAAAAAUAAAGUAAGGAUAUCAUUGAGUUCAGAUGGGAAAGUGAUUAUAAAUAAUCAACACAAAGUGAGUCUCUCCAAGAUAUAUAAAAUUGGUCCGAAUGGUCGAGAUCAAUUACUAGCAAAAUACGGACCUGCAAAGAUAACGAGCAAGAACGCUCCAACAAGAAUAUACCCCUCGUACGUGGUGGCCAGUAACUCGAAUGUACCCGCCACAGAGCUGGCAUGCACUAUCCGCUCAGAAGAGAUACUCAAAAUUUCUGCAUUUCUCUUACAUUUGAGUAAAUCUGACGAAGAAUUUAUUUUAAGCUUACUUUCGCUCAUAUCUGAAGAUUUACAUCAGGCUUUUUUGUUGCUAUGUACUGAAAUGGUCACUUCAUUAAUUCCUGUGGAAAUAGAGUUUCUUGAGUCGAUUUUCCCUGAUUGGAAGAGGCGAUUGGUACUCUUCAUAUUUUGUCAUUUGAGAUCAAAAAUAACAGUCAAUGAAAAUGAUGGUGUAUUUAUGACGGCCUUAAAACGCUACAUACGCGAUGGUAGAAUUGACAGAGAAACCUUAUUAGCACUCAAGAAGAAAAUUAUAGAAUAUUUUAUAGACCACUCAAAAGGAGAACAUACUGACAAUAAAUCCUGGAGUGAGGUUGAUGAAUAUAUGAAGACCUAUUUUGGAAAUUUGAAAACGUUAAAAGUUGGCCAAGAGCUAGAGAUAGGCCCUCAUAAAAUCUUGGUUAAACAAAUCACAGUAGAUCAUUUGGAAAUGGGGCUUGCUAAAUAUUCGCAGCAACAAUGCGAUAUCUUUAUGGACCUUUGUUUGAAAAUUAUCUCAAUUUUGAGCAAAAAUGAAGUGAUCCAGUUAAACUAUGUGAAUCCGGAUGAAGACAUAAUAAUGAGGGUAUCUAUUUUCCUUCUUGAAAGAUUUAACGAGUAUGUUGGGCAAAGAUUGGAGAUCGACGAUAGUACGCUUGCUACAGCAACAUCUGACCUUCUUGCGUGGCGUAAACGUCAAUAUAUUAGAAAGCAAUACAACUGUGGGAAAUGCAAUGGAAUAACAUAUGUUAUAAACAGUUAAAAUUAGUCCUGUCUUCAGAAAAAUAUUAAUUUAUUCGGAUUUCUGUAUAUCUAAUCAAUUGCACAUCUGGCGCAGUGCACCGCGAGGCAACAUAUAUAGCAUGGGUUCGAUUACUGUCCCAGUGUGACGUGUAUGACGGUGUAUGUGAGUAAGAAUGCAUCUACAAAACAAUUUUGAAAAGCAAGUGAAGCAACAUUUUUUAUAAUAUAUUUGUGUGUUUUAUGGCGGCUCGCAUGUCUAUUGAUGAUUCUAGUUUGUCUGUCGAUUUUCAUUAUAAGACAUUUAAUUUAACAAUAUUAUUAUAAUAAUAUUUAUAAGAUACUAGCUUCAGCCCGCGACUUCGUACGCGCAAUC